AAUGCAAACAACACAAGCAAACAAAACAUGAUGGGCUCAACUUGUUGGGUUGCGUUCAUCUCCAUCUUUCUCUGAUGAUCAACCAAUAUUACAUUCAAUUCUCCCCAAACCUUAUAAACCGUCACCGAUUCCUCUUCAAUUUCAUGUUUUAACCUCCAAUGGCGUCAUCUGACCUCAAAUCCGCAGCCUUAUUGGAUCAGAUGAAGACCCACUUUUCCACUGAUGCCGGCAAAGCUCUUAUUAAAAAGAUCGGUCUUGUUUAUCAGAUCAAUCUUGCUCCUAAGAAAAUGGGAUUUAAUGAGGAGAUUUAUGUCGUUGAUUUGAAGAAAGGAGAGGUUACUAAAGGUCCAUACGAAGGAGGAAAGCCAGAUGCCACAUUUUCUUUCACAGAUGAGGAUUUCUACAAGAUUGCCACUGGGAAAAUGAAUCCUCAAAUUGCUUUCAUGAGGGGUAAGAUGAAGGUGAAGGGGAGUUUAAGUGCAGCCCAGAAAUUCACACCUGACAUUUUUCCUAAACCCUCAAAGAUGUAAUCAAAGACCCAAAAUCUAUUCUGGGUCUAAUGUAUCUCAACAUUUUUUUUGUUGAAUUUGUAUUGGGAGUGAAUUUCUUUCAUGUGAUUUGGUUUUACAUGCUUGAUUAAUAUGUUUAGUUUUGUUUCUUUGAA